AUGAAGGUGCCGUUUGUGAUUUGGGUGUUUGGAGCUGCAGCGGUCUUUGUGAAUCCUGUAACUGCUGGGGGAAAGACCCAACGCACUGAUGACAUCCUGGCGAUAAACAACCGUCUCAUCCCCAAGGAUUCUCCAGAAAGCAGCUUUCUGCUGGAAGGGGACAUCAUCAGAAAUCCCGGGAACAUUGCGCAAUGCACGCAGACCACCUCCCCGGUGCUGGCCGAUACUUCCGCCGGGACUUCUAUGGUGGAGCACCGGAAGGUCGCGUCACGCUGGUACUCCAUCAUAGAAGGCCUGGCAGAAGUGGAGGACAAGCCAUCUCACAUAACGAUAAUCAUGGAUGCAAUAAGGGACAUGGAAAGUUCCACGUGCCUUCGAUUUGUGAACCGCACAAAUGAAAGAGAUUAUAUCUCCAUUGAGCCAGUAAUGGGAUGUUUUUCCAGUGUUGGCCGUAUGGGAGGCAUGCAGGUGGUCUCCUUAUCUUAUGAAUGUCUCCAGAGGGGCAGAGGAAAAGGUGUGGCUCUACAUGAACUCAUGCACGUGGCUGGGUUUUGGCAUGAGCACUCCAGAGCUGACCGUGAAGACUAUAUCCAGAUAAUUUGGGACCAGAUCUUGAGCGGUUAUACACACAACUUCUGUAAAUACGAAACAAGCAACAUGUUGGUGGAAUAUGACUUAAUGUCCAUUCUCCAUUAUUCCCGGUAUGCUUUCAGCAGAUCUGGUCUUCCCACAAUUACGCCUCGUAACCUCAACGUUGAUGUGGGUAUCGGCCAGCGGUACAACCUUAGCUACUCUGACAUUCUACGAGUCAACAAGUUUUAUUCUUGUCCCCAGUACAAGCCAUCAGAUGAUGACAGGAAGGUAACUAUUCAUGCUGCACAAGUUGUUUAUCCAUGCAGCAAUGGCAAUUUCAGUGACCUUCUACAAACCCGUAAUUUGGCUUUUACUUUGAAAAGCACUAUUACAGCUGAGACCCUUGCACCCAAACAAGGCUUUAUGAAAGAGCCAACGCACAGCUCGCCAUCAUCCAAAAUCCUCACCCAUGGUUCCAGUGAGCCAACGGCCAUUCUGGCUUCCGAUUUCAUAACUGGCAUUGUACAAGACUCUACAAAACAGCCACCUCGUGCAUCUUCAGAAAGUUUGGCCGCAGCUCAGGCUUUCACCCAUGCACAAGGUUCAGUAGAGGCCAUGGAAACCAGUCACAAAUCAGAUUAUACAAACCUGUCAACACCAGGAUCUACCAAGAAGUCUUCAACCUCUGAGCAAAGCUCUGCAGACUUUACGUUUAGUCUUGCAUCCACUCGCGUUAAUGUGUCAGGAGAUAUGUCCACUGUUGCUCUUAAUCCCCAGACUACUGUAUCUGAACCAGAAAGCAGUGGCGAUGUUGAAAUGGAUGCAUUGCCUGAGGAGAAAACGGCUUCUGAUGGUGCAAGGGGUUUCAAUGUUGAUGUAUUUCAAGGCUCUAUGGCAAUGCCGACAUAUAUGUCCCCAGAGCCGUUACUCGCAACAGAGAUGAUUCAACACUCAACUCCUUUGGCUGGCAACUGGGCUAGGUCUACAAUGUUUUUGCAAACUGAAAAACCCUCUCUGACAUUUGGGAUGGGAAAGCAGUUUAUACAUACAUCUGUCUAUCAAAACAACAUUGAAAGUGUUGAAUCCCAAAGUGUGGUAGAUGUCUCUACUUGGGUGUCCAACCCCGUUCCAAUCAACACUGCUAGUGAGGUAGCUGAUAGACUAAUCCAAAUGGCCACCAACCCACCAAUAUAUUCUACCGAUAAACAUUUGGCCAGUGCUGCUGGGACUUUGUCGUAUAAACCAGCUGACCAAAGCAUUAUGCAGGAGGUCCCAACUACAACAACAAAUGGGAGUCCACCUAUUGAAAACACAUCAACAACCAUGGUCGCAAACACAAUUAAUAUGUCUUCAGUAUCUGAUAUGUUUUCUGGGCAGUCUGAGGAUGCAAUGCAUGACCUUGAGGAUAAGAGUGUGGAGCAUUUGAGUAAAGAGUUUAUUAAAAUAGUUAGCAAAAGAUCUUUGAAGGAGCUUAAAAAUCUAUCGGACAAUCCUCAGGGCUUAUUGAAAUUCUCCAAGUCCUUGCGUCCCGGUGUUAUUGAUGGAAAACCAAACUCCAAGAAAACAUCUGCAAAUCUGAAGUCGCUGCUUGUUAUGAGAAAAUCUAGACAACCCAUCGGUCAGGAUGGCGUAUCGCCAAGACGCAAUACACUAGAACACCACCUAUACCGAAUCUUAAAGGUAUCCAGGGAGCGUUCUCUGUCUAAAAUGAAUGUUUCAAAUGUACUUAACGUGGCAGAAAAUCCCCAAAGCGUGAUGAGAGGUGCCUUGUCAAAGUUAUUUCUUGCCCAAAAAGUGCCUCCUGGUGUUUCGUCUGCUUCAUUCUACGACAUGCACUCGGAUAAAGGGGUACAUCCUGGAGAAAACGGAAAGAUCUUUCAUCAUCCGCAGGCUUGUGGCUUUGAGAAUGGGCUGUGUGGAUGGAGGCAGAGUGUGGAUGAUAACAUGGACUGGAGUUUCAUUAAAGGACAUAGGCGUCACUGGAUCUCAACUGGAUCCCUGAAGCACUUGAACAAACCAGGAGGUGCCUAUCUGUCGCUAACCAAUUUCUCAAAGAAAGGAAUUCCAGGAGCGAGAGCUCGUCUUCUGAGUCCAGUAUCAAAUGACACUAGCUGCAUCUCCUUUUGGUAUGGCUCCUUCAAUCACACGAUGGGUACACUUAAUAUUUACAUCAGGACUGACUUUCCGGGCAAACUGACUCUGUUGUGGUCAACUGGUGGGCGCAAGCAAAUGGAAUGGGCUAAGACGUAUAUUCAGUUAAUACCUUCCUACAGGAACAAGGCCUUGCAGGUUGUUGUGGAAGGAGUUACAGGUCCUUCAGAUGAAAACAUUGUGCUCGAUAAUGUCUAUGCCGGUCAAUGUGUAUAA